AUGGCCCCUCCUCGUGUUCGUCAGCAAUACACCCUUCCCCCAAAUCUCGAAAGGAUGCACCUCUACGCUCUCUUCUGUCACCAUGCGUUCCAUAAGCGCCUUCGUCCUGCACAUCGGAUCCCCUCCAAAUGCAACGACAUCGAUCUUCGCAUACGGGCAGAGCUACUUCAAAUUGUUGAAGUCGUUUUUCAGGCCACAAACAACGUCCGUCAAAUGCCAUGGUGUUUCAAGGAGGCCGUGCAGCUCCUUCAGCGAGAUUCACGCCGACGAGAUGGACAGGAACCCAAUCCACUUCCUGGGUCAGGGGGUCCCUGUAAGAUCACGGUUGCCCCCUGCGUUUAUCUAGAUAAGAAUCAAGUCGUCGUCGGCUGGCAUUUACCGGAGGCUCUUCAAAGCGCACGACUAGUCAGCUGGUACUCUGCGCUCGAAUCAGCGGCAAGGGACGGCAAUUCACCUUUCUGGACGUCGCCAGAGGGGGACUGGAGAUCGAACGAGGAAUUAUUCGAAGAUUCUCCCAACUUCCCUUUCGGUCAUGUUGACCUUUCGCCCGCCGGAUUCUACCAGGAUAACCAGGCUAUUCCUACCCCCUCGACAUCCUUCACGUCCCCUGGUCGCAACGGAUGGGGCCUUCUCAACGACAUCCAAGAAACCUUAUCGAUCUUUGGGGCUGUACUUGCCAUUGUCCAGCCUUCUGUGUUUUACGAGGGCCUCAACCUCUUCGAGAAGAUCUACACCCGCCAAACCCAGAUCGAGUCCACAUGGGCUUUCCGAGACCUCUUGGCUCUCUGGGGUGCUCCCUUCACCAACGUCCUCAUUUUCUCUAACCACGAGGCUCCUUUCCAUCGUGACCUUUCCUCAUGCCCUUAUGCGUUCGAAGUGUUUGUCUCCACCGGUACGAGCCGCAAUAACCGCUUUGUUAUCCCUUCGUUUGACAGUGAAUACUACUUUAAUCCCGGUACCAUCAUCGUUUUUCCCCCUUACGUCUUUCAACAUGGCUGGAUAAGUGAUGCCAGUCCUCAUAAUCAUGCUGUUGCUACCAUCUUUUUAAUUUCGAUUGCUAUCCUCAGUUGGCACGUUGGUUAA